AACACCAGCUACAUCUUCGACAGCUGUGCCACAGCGCUGCAAUCAACAUAAAGCCCCGGUGGCGGUGAGAUGACACGUUUCAAAAUAAAAAACUUGAAAAUGCUCACCUGCUGCUGCCUCAGCACUUGGGUGGCACUUUUCGGUGUGCUGCAUUUGGUACGGUGCAGCGAAUUUCCCGAGCGUGAAUGUUGCGACCUAACGACCACCUCGACAGUUGGCCCGCUGCCAGUGCCGCCGGCAGCCCUGCCAACGGACAAAUCACUAUCGGCCACCGUUGCCGUACAGACAAUAUCUGUCGGACGAUCGGGUUCUAACAUAAAAGUGGCGUCUGCUACACUCAAUUGUAUUUUGGCACGCCAGUUAUGCUUCGAAGACCCAUCUUGUUCGGCUAUCUUAGAAAUAAUACCCCGUGUAUGUGGGCCUAUACCAGUGUCAUGCAGUACAGUUACUGUGACGAAAUGCCAAGCCGCCUUAAGGACACUGCAAGCCUUUCAGUUCUUUCGUCCAACCUGCCUUUGCAAAGAACCCGGCAUGGAUCCGGAUUGUAAUCAUUUUCGUGAUUUUCUCUUCGAUCAUCCAUGUGGUUUCGUGCUCAAGAAAGCCGAAAAGGACCCAUAUCCCAUAGAUGCAUUGCCGACGUGCAAUCACGCACUGUCUGUGUGUCAGCAGGAGCGGAAAUGCCUCAAGCUUUUCGAGGACUUCAAGGCACAUUGUAAGGUGCGAGACAAUAAAUGCAAAAUGGAGAACAGAGAUGCUUGUCACGACUCGUGGACAAAUCUACGCCUCUCGCCCAUGUUCGGCUGUAUCUGUCCGAAUAAUCAUAUGAAAAAACGCUGUGAUCGUAUAUUUAAUAUAGUUAAUCACAAUCCGUGUGUGGAUAGAUUAAUAUUCUUCCCCGAUGGCGCCAUACCGAAAUUCAAACAAAAGCAAAUACAAAAACAACACCACAAUGGCACAUCAUCAUCAAUAGCGUCGUCGUCGUCGUCGAACUCAUUGAUAGCCGCCAAUGCCACCGGUCAACAACAGCUCUCGAACAAUAUUGCCAUUGACGAGGAGGAGGAGGACGACUAUGACGAUCGUAUACGCGCCGAAAUCUAUUCAAAUUAUCCGCACUACCUGCACCCGCCCUCGUGGGGUCUCAACAAUCCGUUGGUAUUGGCCUCGCACUCGCCACACACCUACGACGACGAAGAUGAAUCGCUGCUGGAGGUAGGCGAUGAUGUGGCUACGCGUGGCCGUCAAAAGACCGAACAAAAGCAACAGUGGCAACGCCAGCAAAUGACGCCGAAAGCUGAGAAGGAUGGACGGGGCAGUGCGGGCRCCGGCGGUAGCGUUGAUGGUGAUGAUGUUGAGGUUUCGUUGGACACCAUGAACACUGGUCGGCACUAUGYUGGUGUUGGUGGUAAUGUUGGUGUUGGUUUUGGUUUCGGUUCGUCCGGCGCGCUUGAUGAGUCCAUAACGGAGCUUAGCGGCAGCAKCAGCGGCAGCAACAUAAUCACCAUUAGCAAUAGCAACCAUGGCAUGCACCAAAUGCACGAGUAUUUUGAUGGUUUCACUUAUACCACAUCACCCGCCACGGUUUCAGCACCAGAGUCGGCACUUCCGGCACCACCGACACAUCUGCACCAUAGCAAAAAGCACCAAAAMACUGCAAUUUCAAGCACAAAUUCGCACAAAAGUAUACAUCUUAGCGACGAAACAACCACCAGCAGAGACAAAUUAUCCCACCGUUCACGCACCUACAAGGGUGAUAGCAUGGAUGAGAGAGUCAGAAUAAUGGGCAUGGACGAUAAAUUGCAUCUGAAAAUGUUCGAAGAUAAUUUGGCGCUCAUUGAUACGCCGCUCAUAGCAUCAGCGACGAGCACCCACUACCCGGGCACGGUGUCCACCUCACUGCACACGCUGCACGGCAUACUCUUGUACCCGUUCAAUGUGAGCGACUUCCAGCCGCGGCACACGGCGACCGCCGGCCAUGAGUCCAGCGCACUGGAUGUCAUCGACACCGGCAACUCGUACGGCUACGAAUCGGGCAAUGGACACAGCAGCGGCGGCGCACACGGUCACAGUCAUAGCGGUGGCGGCGUUUACUAUCAAAGUGGUCAGGAUGUCGAAGUGGACCUCUCAACGGAAAUAAUCAAGCAACAUUUUCAGAGUACCUGCCACACAGCGUUGGACACUUGCCGGGAGGAUGUGUCAUGCUCGUCGUCCCUGCAGCCAAUGUUGAUGCAUUGUGAAAUGCACCGUUGCAAUCGCAAUGCAUGCAUGACAUCACUGCAAGCCUUCUACAAAGGUCCGCACGAGGAUUUGAAUUUGGACAUUGCCUUCUGCCUCUGCAAAAAAACAACGAAUCGUCACGACAUGUGCAUGAUUGCACAGGAAAAGCUCCAUCCAACGUGCGCACAAAGGCCGGCCGAUAACAGUAAUCAGCAGGGUUCAAAUGGCAUAUACUACCAUCCGCCGCCGUCCUGCCACUCAGUAGCGGAAAAUUGUAAAGAGGAUCGUGAGUGCAGGCUCAAACUGGAGUACUACGAACAGGCCUGUGCGGUGGACAGCGUAACGAAGAAGUGCGCGGGACGUCCCAGCGGCUGUCGCACUGCCAUGAUUGGCAUACUCGGCACUAUGCUGCGCACCACCUGCGCCUGCCAAGGUACCGACCCGCAGUAUCUCUACCAAUGCGUCGGCUGGCGGCGUCUGCUCUGGCUGAAUCCCUGUGUGGUUGAAGCUCAGAAGGAUUUUCACAUGAAGCGCCUCGCCGAGUUGGGUUAUCUAACGACUACAACUACUACGACUACAACAACCACGACAACAACAACACGCGCGCCACCGCCGCCUCCACCGCCUCCGGUAUUGACUACAGUCACCACAACAACAACACAUCGCCAACCGCCCACUUCGCCGCGUCAAACGUCACGCAAGCAGACGACGCACAUCUUUCGUGGAUAUCCGCCAAAGGAAAAAUCGGAGCCCACAUCUAUGGAGAACAAUUAUAUCGAACAGCCCGAUUCGAUACCGUUGCACAGCGGAAAUGAUAAAAACGGAAACACCGGAAAUGGCGAUUAUCACAGCGGGAAGGGCAAGAGCAAUGGCAACGGCAACGGCCACGGCGCCGCCAGUAAUGCAGCAAAUGGCAAUGGCAGUGGCCGAGGCAACAGUAAUGGUAAUGGUGGCAAUGGCAGCGCCACUAGUGCCGCCGUCAAUGCGCCACGUCACGGUAAAAACGGCAAAAAUAACAAAAAUGGCAAAAACUCAAAACACAACAACAACAACGGCAACAAUGGCAACGGCAAUGGUAUUGGUAAUGCCAACAGUGCGGCUAGCGCGGGUGCUGGUGUCAUGUACAUCAACGGCCACGAUAGUAGCGGUCAUGCUGCAGCUGCGGAAGCAACAGACGUGGACGCUGCCGUCGGCGCUGCACCGGGCAAUGGAAAUGAUUUUGGCGAUUUCGAUGAUCAAGUGAUUUCUGUGGAACAAAUUCAAACAACGGAAUAUGCGGGCAACGGUGCAACAGAAUCGCCAGCCACAACGACCACAACAAUGGCAACCACAACAACAACGCAAGCGCCAAGAAAUUGCGUGGUUCAACGUCCGCACCAGUCAGAUCAGUUAAUACGCGAAGGCUCUAGCAAGCGGAUCUACUCCUUGGAUGAUGCCGAAUGCAGUGAAUUGUGCAGCUGCGGCGAAUCUCUAACGCUCACCUGUCAUGCUCUCUGCGUACCGUUUGCGCCCUGCCGCACCGCCUUGGCCUUCUACAGUCAUGCAUCGCCGGCAUAUCAGGCAUUCCGCGGCCGUUGCCUUUGUUACUCGGGCCGAUUUAUCUGCAUGAAGCCACCGCUGGGCGAAUACACGCUACCAGGUGGUGUCUUCCUUUUACUUGGCUACAGCUCAGCCGAUGAGGCACUACUACGUCCGCAUACAAAUCUCGGUGUGCAAGAUGCCGUGCGAGCACUACAACAAUAUGUUACGACGCACAUAGACAACCAGACUCAGUGUACGCUAACGCUCUUCAAUAUGACCGAUGAGAACAUCAUAAUCGCAGCUCGCCUACCACACGACGCCAAACUUAAAGCCAUUGAACUGUUGGGCAAAGAGAAGGAUGAAUGCACUUCGAUACUGAAGACCAUCAGCCACCACAUCAACACCGAGCACCACGAGCUGCAAUCCCACCGGUUGCUGAGCAUUUUCAAAAUGUCCGAAGUCGAAGUGGUUUGGCCCGAAAGCAGUCAAGCAGCGGCGCAGCUGCACAGUGGGCCCGCUGCAUGUAUCCUGCCACUCACGCUGUUGUUGUAUACCGUUACAACAACGUUCACCGGUGAUGCCGCCAACAUGUUGCUGUUGUUGUUGGCGAGAGGUGUGUGGCAUAGCCAGAGUAGAACAGCCGUAACAUGACCAAUGUCACCAACGUAAUCGCAAGUAAGAACUGCACAUUUCGAAAAGCAACAAC